UCUGCUGUCAUUUCAACGCAAGCAAAGCAGGAUCCAUGCAUGCAUUUUUACUCAAAAAUAUUAUAAACCUAUCGUUUUCUGGUGUAAAAUUGUAUUUUGUUAAUUACGUAGCAUCAGAGAAGAACUAUUAUUUAACUUAAAAUGGUUAGAACAGUGAAUGCCCCGGAAUACUGUUUACAGUAUUUGGAACAAUAUGCGUCAAAACAGUCUUGCGUUAUUGGACUUAUUUUGGGGCAGUCAACAAACACUAAAGAAAACAUAAUCCAUUUAGCUCGUACUCCAGAAGAGAAAGCUUCUGAAACCUCUGUCGGUUCAGAAUCAACCUUGGUUGCUGAAACAUUACUUAGCAUUUCAGAAGCAUGGGUAGCAGAUCAUGCAAAGCAUGUAACUCGUAUGCUACCUGGAGGCAUGUUUGUACAAGGUAUAUUUGUUACAAGUGAUCAAGAUAUAUUUGAAGAUCCAAACUAUUUUAGCAAAGUUAAAUUAAUAUUGAACCACACAUAUAAAGUAUUGAGUGUGAACCCACUCAUGUAUGGCAACUGCCCGUACAUGAAUGAAAGGCUUGUGCUUCAUAUGUCUACUCGCACAAAGGUCUUGACUUGUAAGAGUGUGGAAGUAGGUGGUGCUAAGAAUACAGUUAUAAAUCCUGUGGAGUGGAAGUUCCUGGCCAAACCACAGUCUUGGCAGAGACUGGACUGCUAUUAUGAAUUUGAUGAGAUGUAUCCAGUUAUUGUAAAGAAAAGUGGCAUAUCAGUCAAACAACAGUUUCAGCAAAUAUUGGAGUCAGCUCACAAGACCAUAGAGUCCAGUGUCAUGUUUAUAGAUGGGGAAUUGAAAGAGGGAACUGAAACAUUGGAUCAACUUAUUAAAAAGAGAAAACCGAAAACUACAAAUAAAGUGCAAGAUGUUCCCAAGUCUAUGCAUGUCUCUUUGUUUGUGCCUUUUGAAAAUUCAAUGCCCGAGACAGUUGAAUAUUUGGAAUGUGAUGGGAGUAUACAUUUCAGUGGAGUGGUGUCAUCAAGUGUGUUCAUGUGCCCUAAAGCAACCAUCAAAGAGGCCAUCAAUGCUGUUAAACAAGAUAUAAUUCGGUCUCUGGCUUCACGCUUCACCAUGCAUUGUGAUGCCCUCAUUGAUGACAAUUUAUUGCCUGAAGAGAAAGUAUGUUUCAACGAGCCCCCGCGCCGCGUGCUGGUGCCGGUGGGGGCGCUGUACCUGUGCGACUACCUGUUCCCCGGGGAGGCCCCGGCCGAGGCGCUGCUGUCGGUGCGGGAGCUACUCGACUUGCAGAUCACGGAGACUGAUGUCGUGUGCGACGUGGAGACUCCUGCGGAUACUUCGGAGUUUGAUGCCCUGGACCGAGAUACCAGCAGUGAAGAGUUACUGGCCACACCACAAGAGGCCAGCCAGUUUAUGUAUAUCACUGGCAUUUGCUUCGCCAUGUUUGUUCUCGUGGUUUCAAUCAUCGUACACUAUUAUGACAGUAUAGUUUUGGUCAUCAGCAGAAUUCUUAAGUGGUCCUAAAAUGAAGUUUCGUUAUUUUAGCCGUUGACAAUGUGUUAUUUUGUGUUGAUUAAUUUGUGCUAAGUUUGAAAAGGUAACAUUAACCAGAUAUUUUUGAAAUAAUGAAUAACUAUGGUAUCUAACAUGUAUUUGGGUCCAAUCAUAUUUGAUUUCAUUUUACGUUCUUUAUAUUUACUAUUCGAUUCGUUUUGUUUUAAAACUAAUAUCUAACCAAGUUUUAAAUUUAUCUUCAAGACUAGGUACUUGUGUUAUUUUCUUAAAUUAGAGGGUGACAAACCUUUCUCAACAUUUAUGUCGUACUAAGGCUGUGUGUGGAUUAUGAUGGAUGAAUUGUUUAUGUGAUUUAAAAACACGUUUUAAUUUACUUUUACAUUAUUGUGUCGAAAAUCAAUUUAUUGUACUCUUACACCAACUUUCCUGUCAGAAAACUUCAUGUCGUCAAUCAAACUUUUAAAAAUAUUUUUCGUCAUUGUUUACACAGAAUUUCGUAUUUUUCUUGUUGUUGAAUGCAUUUCUGUAGUUGUAGUGAUAUCCAUUCCAUACUUGUUAUUCCCAUAAUUUUCGUCUAUUACACAAUGUUUCAAAAUAGUCAUACUUGAAACUCUUUUAUUUAUUUAUAUAAGGAUAAAGAAAAUAAUUGUCUUGUUUCCUUGAUACCGGCAUAUCGCCAGAUAUUUUUAAAGUGGUUAAAUUAAUUUUCGAAGGAAAUUUACAGGUCUUACUCGCUCUAGUUCCCCUAGAAAAUGCAAAUUUCCUUUUAAAAAAGUUACUUUGAAAAAUAUUGUUCUGUCAUCGAAAGUUAAGUUAAAAGAUAACGAAUCGUGUUUCUGCAAUAUACGAAAUGUAGGUAUUGAAGUCAAGAAUAAGGUUAAAUAUCACUUUGAUAUUAUUUAUUAUUGAUAAAAACAAUUAGUCGUUAGAACUGCACAGCUGCAGUGAACACAUUAAAGUUAUUUUCCAAAUUAAAAUUUUGCGUAUAGAAGCAUUAUUUUAUCCGCUGACGUGAUAAAUUUGGUUACUGAAAAACGGUAUAAAGUUUAGUGCCUUGCGGUAUUUAGUGCCUCACAACGUAAACAAUAAUAUAACUUAAAACUGUAUCUAAAUUUGCGCAGGCAAUUUCUGCUUCUUUUAUUGUGCCCUAUGAAAGUUUUUAUUAUUUUCUAAAUCUAUAUAUGUCUACAUAAAAUCCGCAAUAAUAUUUCAUGUACAAUUACGAAAUUAUCUAACAUACCAGCAUCUGCCCUGUUAAAUAUGACAGAUUUGAGCUAAGCUGUAUACGCUGCUAUUUUAAUUUUUACUGGCACCAGUCUUGGCAAUCACAUAAGCAAAAAGGAAACAUGUGACAUUCGUCUUAAAUAUAUAUUUAUAUUUUAAAUAUGGAAUAUUGCAGUGAGGUUAACAAUAGUUUUUGCGUGCACAUAACCAUACUGACAUCGACAAAAUAUAUGUGAAAAACAAAUAGUACUUAGAUUGAACGUACGAAGACGAAUACGAUUACGUACUCGCAAAAACUCAUUCUAAACCCAAAGUUAUUACUACUUUAGAUAUUAGAGUGUAACAAGUCCUUGAUAGAUGUAUGACUUGAAGUUGAUGUUUUUAUCUCACGUUUUUAUUUUAAUGGUAAUUAUAAUGAACAGAUUGGUGAUAUUUUCAAUAUAUUAUAACAUGUACAGAUGA